UUCUGUCGUUGUUUCGAGUGUCGACUCGGGGGGGAAAAACAGCGGCAACCUGGAGAUGCUGAGCGGAGGGUUUUUCUAAUCGCCCAUCGGUGUUCAAUGAUAUGAGCAAAUUUGCGAAAACACCAAAUUAUGGCAGGGAACCUCAGCUGCUACGACUCUCUAGAUACUCCUGCCGCCGCAUAGAAAAGCCGCAUUGUUAAGCAAAAUCCUUGUAACCGUGAGCAGCAAUAAUGCGAGGGGCGGACAGCAGCAGCAGGUCUGCCGUGAUUGUGCUCUGCCUGCUGGGAUGCGAUUUAUGGACGGCGGCCGCGAAAACACUGCAGGAGAGCAGCUAUGCCAAAGAAGUGGCGCUGAAGGUUCACCUGAGUGACGCUAGCACUCAUCAGCCUCUCGCUGGUGUCACUGUGGAGAUCUUCACUAACCACACUCCUGUUGCCUCGGACAUCUCUGGUCCCGAUGGCAACGCCUUCAUCAGGUUUCCUUAUCGCCUCGGCGACCUUCUUGUAGUGACUGCAACCAAGCGUGGCUAUGUACCAAACUCCAUUCCAUGGCGACCAAGCAGGCUUCCUGUUUUCUCAUCUCUCAGUCUGGAUCUGCUUCCUGAGAGGGCUGCUACUCUGAUGGUGUACGAUGACGUGGUGCAGAUCGUCUCUGGAUAUCAAGGUUCAAAACUGCAGCCAUGGGUGCAGUUCCAGAGAAGAGCGUUGAGUCUUCCUUCUAAUGCAACCUACACCAAUCUGACCGCCUUCCUCACCGUGAGCAGUUCAACACAAGACACGCAGUACUUCCCCUACCUGCAGGGACUUCAUCCCAACUACACAGGCAGUGAUCGAAAGUUCGAGUUGACUCCUGUGGCUGCUAUCAGUGUCCAUCUUUUGGGAAGUGAUGGCGUGGAGCUUCAUGUCAGUGAGCCAAUCAGUGUGAGCAUCCCGCUUCCUGCAAACAGUGGCUUGAAAGAGAAUGAUCACAUCCCUGCCUGGAGGUUUGACCCUAAACUGGGGGCCUGGUUGAAAAGCAGUCUGGGAUACGUCCAGAGAGAGGGGAAGCAGUUAACUCUGACAUACAUUGCCCCUCAGCUUGGCUAUUGGGUUGCAGCCAUGUCUCCCAUAAACACAGGUCCAGUGGUGGCGAAGGACAUUAGCACUUAUCACACAGUCUUCCUGCUGGCUAUACUAGGAGGCAUGGCUCUGAUACUGCUCUUCCUGCUCUGCCUGCUGCUCUACUAUUGCAGGAGGAAAUGUGCCCGUAUGCGUCCUGCCCACAGGAAGUUCACUCUGUCCUCCACUUUAGAUUCCUCUAAACGAGACCAGGCUACUUCCAUGUCCCACCUGAACCUCAUCAGUGAGACCCACCUAGAUCAAAACGGGGCGGAGCCGGACAUGCACACACCUAUGCUUAAACCCACCCCCUACAACUCCUCAACCAAUGAGCUUGCAGCUUCGCACGGCGAGCUCCAUAGCCGAGGAUCCAACCACUACAAACACUCAGUAGAGAUAUUUCCCCUCAAAUCAGCUUGUUCAAACAAUACGUCUGAGGGUUACGAUUCCCCGGCGGGACGCGGAGAGUAUCGGCGGAGCUAUACGUCUAUCACAACUUCAUCUGUCCAUCCCCUCCACAUGUCCAUCUCGUCCUCGUCCCCCCAUCCCUUGCAUCAAACCUCCUCUGCAGGACGACUGUCUUCAGAGAGUAAAUCAAGCUUGCGUGAUAACCGCCUCUCUCCUGUUUCAGUCGCGUCCGCAAGUCCUGCCGCAUCCCCAGAGCGGGAGCAAGGAAUCGAGCGACGGCCAGCCGACUUCAUGCUGUCCCGCUCCGUAGACCACCUGGAGCGCCCAGCCCCACUUCCCCGACCUGGAGCCCUGCUCUGCUGCACCUCAGAAUUGCAGGUUAAUCAGGGGGAAGAGACCUACCGCAAGGCUCGUCCCACCCUCGUCAUUCCUGCCCACUACAUGCGACUUCCAGGGACGCACCCUCUGUCGGGUCAAGCGCUGCUUUUGCAGUCGGACGAACAGAGCGAACUGGAAAGCAUUCAGGCGGAGCUCAGUGCAUGCCAUCAGCCUCAAGGCCAAGUCCUGCACACGUGGGGCAAAGGAGACCAAGAAGGAGGGACACAAGGGACAGGGGACGACCAAGGCGGAGGGGUUGAGGAGUGGACCUUGCAGACGGCUGCAGUUCCCGCUGAUCUCUCCAUCCCCAACUCGCUCAGUCAAGCGGGUCUGGACGUGGUGCAGAUGAACGGAGAAGAUCAGCUUCUGGCCGAAAAGACUUUGAUGGCGCUCAGGGGCGGAAAGCCGCUCCCCCACCCCAGAGCUUGGUUCGUAUCACUAGACGGGCGCUCCAAUGCGCACAUCCGCCAUUCGUACAUCGACCUGCAGAGAGCAGGAUGCAACAGCAGUUGUGUCGGAAGCAACGAUGCCAGUCUGGACUCUGGGGUUGACAUGAGCGACAUCACACCGGGACGGCGUGUUCGUGAUAAAGUCGGGGUAAAAGCUGAAGCUGGGGCUCAGCCUGCGGCUGUAGUCGGAUAUACGCCACUAGUGUUAGUAGAGGACUCGAAUGCUAAUGCGGAGAGCAGCGGUAGCCCAACGCCAGUCUGCAGCCCAGAAGAACACUCUCUAAAAGGUUUAUUGCAGGAAAAAGAGAGGGAAGACGAAGACGAAGGGACUUUGUCUCCCCCGUCGCCUCCACCAGAGCUUCCUUUGCCACCUGAGCUUCCCUUGCCACCUCCUCUCCCUGAGCCUGUGGUUGAAAUAGCGGAGGAGACAGGGACAGGUAGCAACGUUUUCAGGACUGAGGAGACUCAAAUGCACAUGAGCAGCAGCAGCCGGCCGGACAACCUGGUCGUCCCUGAUGAUGGCGGUGAAGACGAGAACAAGAAGAGUCCGUGGCAGAAACGAGAGGAGCGACCACUACUGGCCUUUAACCUAAAAUGACACGGUUUUUGAAAGGAUAGUUUACCAAAAAAUAAAUUCUGUCCUCAUGUCAUUCCAUACCUGUACGACUUUUCUGUGGGAGACAGAAGAAAAUGACUCUUUUUGUCCAAAUCUUGUUUUGGACCCCAUUGACUUUCACUAAAGCAUUCUUUAAAAUAUUUUUGUGCUUUCUCUUGCUAAACAUAAAAGACGUCAUACAGGUUUGGAAUGCCGUAAAGGGGAGUAAAUGUCGACAGAAGUCUUUUUCGGUGAACUGUCCCUUUAAGUGCUUCCCCUGUGGUCCCUAGCUGGACUGUUGAAUGGAGUUGCCUUAUGAGCGCAGGUCUGUGCGUGGCUGUUUGCCUGUGGCAAUGAAAGCCAAGAAAGCCAUAGCACAAAUGAACAUUGGAGCAGCUCUGCCUCAACUGAAAUGAGGAACGAACUGAAGUUUUCAAGCAAAAAAACAAAAAAAAACACCAUGAAAUACCAACAAUCUAAUGCACAACUGCUAUGGCUUUCCAGACAUACACUUUAAGCAAAAAAUCUCGCCAAGCCAUUGUAUUGAAGGUGAAAUGUUGUUUAAGCUUUAUGAGAUGCUGCUGUUUUUAAGCAAUAUGACAUCUAGUGGCAACAUGUGUACACUGCAACUGCAACUACACCACUAAGUGUUUCCCAGCACUUGUUUUUGAACAUUUUAUGCGAUGAACGGAGGAAUGUCUUCCUCAUCAUAAUGAGUAAAAAAAACACACAGAACCACUAUAAUGGGAUCUACAGUCUAAUCGCACACAUUUUUAGUUUUAUUGGUAUCAUUCAUGAGUAGAAUACAGCUGAAGCUUUGUGAAACCAAAUAAGUUUACAUAAUGCACCGUUUGUUCUUGUUAAUCAGUCAUUUUGUGCGUUUCUUUCAACCUUAGGAUUACAGUAGGACUUGCCAACAUUGCUUCUGAGCAGGAAACCCACCAGUUAAAGAGAAAAACACUAUGCAUUGCUUUAAACUGAAGGAUCAUGUAGCGUUAGAUGCCUCGUUUUUUUUAUUUUAAUCACUGUAUUUUAAUUGUUAUUGUUUUUUGUUUGAACUUGCCUUAGCGUGUGAGUGAAGUGGACGGCACAUUCAGACGAGGGCUGGAUUCAACUGCACUCACAUAAACAGCCACCAGCUUUUUUCUCCCAAACUGUUGUUUUUUGUCUUAAGUGCCUUUCUAAUGAUCAUUUAUAUUUAUCAUUAGAUUUACUUUUCCUUUCCACCAUUAUCAGUUUGUCGUAUGAUUUAAUGUUUUUCACAAUAUAUUGACUCUGUGGCAUUACUCCCCCUUUGAUCUCGUUGUAUGUGUGUAAGUGUUUCAAAGCUGUAUCUGGAUAUGCAGUGGGGUCCAAAAGUCUGAAAAUCUGGGAUUUAGAAUCUGUUUGAACCCUUUUAAGAUUUGGACAGAAUUGAAACAAUGCUUGAUGCAAAAUAAUGUUUAUGAUUUGACUUAGGUAACUAAUAAGCAAAUUUGUUUAUGCAACUCGAGUGCUGCUGUCAUCAAAGCAAAAAGGGGACAUACUAUUUUUUAUUUUUAUUUUACAAUUUUUUUGAAUUUUUAUUUUAUCUCAGACUUUUGAAACCCCCUGUAUGUUCAGUUGAUCUUAUGAUUCUGGUCUAUUAUUUUGCCUUGUAUGUAUGUACAUAUUCAUUCACUCAUUGUUUAUGCUCGUGUGAGUGUGUGUGUUGCUCGGUGUAUCUGUGUGUCUGCUGUAGACACUAUGCAGUGUGUAUGCACUGAUGUGGGACUGAAAGCGAUGUAUUAUUAUUUGAAAGCUGUUGAAAGUCUGGCUUGUUGCCAGGGUAACCACUUUGUAAGAAACCCUUGUGUCACUCGGCUCUUCAGCAAUCUACUUUGAAUGUCUGGACUGGUUGCUUGUAUUAUAAUUCAGGCCUAUUAUCCCAAUAAAGCCAAAAAACCUG